CAUGGGUAAGCAGGGACAGAAAGUGCUGUCCAAAGUUCUCAUGUUCAACUGCUAUAAGAGGGCGACAUACUUAUAUGUCAGUACGGACUAUCUAUAAGGUAUACACCAGCUCGGACUAUCUGCAAGGUAUACAUUAACACAGACUCUCUGCAAGCUAUACAUCAGGACGGAAUAUUUGCAAGGUAUACACGAACACAGACUAUCUUCAAGGUAUACAUCAACACAGACUUUCUGCAAGGUAUACACCAGCACGGACUAUCUGCAAGCUAUACAUCAGAACAGACUAUCUGCAAGGUAUACAUCUGCACAGACUAUCUGCAAGGUAUACAUCAACACGGACUAUUUGCAAGGCAAAGCUAAGAUAAAGUGUGUUUUCCUCUGUCUCUUGAUGAGAUAAGGAUGUAUGCGAAGACACAAUUUACAUCACUGGCAGCUACGUCGAUCUUCGCGCUCGUAGUUAGCGUCUUAGCAACAAUAAACGUUUUAGCCAGCCACUCGGGCAACCUACCAGUGAGUUAUGCGCGGAGUCCGAGAAAAACCACAGAUCUCCACAACGAUGGCAAAAACUGGAAUGAGUUCAGGAAAACCAAAAGUAUCGGCACCAAGUAUGUAAGCAUGACACUAAAUCCACUGUGCAAUUUGACUGGUACCUUUCCAUGCCCUUGUGCUGUAUCAUUAGGUGAUGAUGUCAUUAUAGACUGUUCGCACAGAAAUCUAACAUUUGUACCUAAAAACAUCCCCCAGAAUGUCACCGAGUUACUUCUCAGCUAUAAUAAGAUUGAAACUCUUCCAAAUGGUGUUUUUAUGAGCUACCACUAUCUACAAUCACUGGACAUCUCAUACAACAACCUAUCCUAUUUGGGGUCAGGAGCGUUUGACGGAUUACAUCAACUGAGAACACUGCGUCUGGACGGAAAUCCCUUCAAGAUGUCCUACAAAACGUUUCCUGAGGACGUAUUCGACUCUCUUAAGGGUCUUGUUUUGUUAAGCUUAAAGUCUAACUUAUACGUUGAUGACCCCGAGAUUCAAUACCCGGAUGUUGCCUUGGGUAAACUCUCCUCACUGGAGACGCUUGUAAUCAAUGGAUUGUCGAACAAGACAUUUGGAGAAGGCGUUCGCAAAAUGACAUCACUUCAAACAUUAGACCUUUCUUGGACACCUUCCUUUACAUCCAUAUCUAAAGAUACGUUCAUCAACUUCUGUGAUGUUCCUUUGAAGAAUUUAUUUCUUAGCCACUGUGAUCUGAGGUGGAUCCACAAAGAGGCUUUCACAUAUUUGCCAAACAUCGACACUAUUGACUACAGCUACAAUAAGAACCUGGAGAUUAAAGGGGUGAGGAUGAGCUCGUAUGGUCUCCAGAACUCUACAAUCCGGAAAAUCGUGAUGCGACGGGUUCAUGCACAUCCAUAUUUGACUGUUGUUACGAAGGAGGACGUACAGUACAUCACGAACACGAACCUUGAGGAAUUGCACUUAGACAACAACACCAUUGGCCAACUGGAGGAAGGUGUAAUUCAGCUUUUGCCGUUAUCAAUCAAAGUGCUCCGCGCGUCAUGGAACAAUUUACAGACAAACACGAGGCAGAUGCGUCACCUUUUACGGUUGAAAAGUAUCACUGAAAUCGAUGCCAGUUACCAGGAAGUACCAGCGUUCGGUAGAACACCCAAGGUAGAUCGUAAAAUUCAUUUUAGCGAAACAUCGGCAGAAUUGCGUAAAAUUCGCCCCAACACUUCGAAAAACAAAAACGCAACAGAAAAUCACGUGGACUUCGGCAUAAUUCUUCCUCCAAAUUUAUGGCUGGUAAACAUCAGUGAUACGUACAAACUGCGUUUCGCCAUCCCGUAUUUGGAAUUUACCAGUUCAAGCCUCAGCCAUUUGAAUGCCGCUAAUAACCUUUUGGAGAAAUGGAUAGGUCCCGUCAAAGGGUCAGAGACACUUCGUCAUCUUGAUCUAACGGGCAAUAAUUGCUACAAAGUUUCAGAGACGUUUUUUGCCUAUGCGACAAAUCUGGAAACAUUGCUCAUCGGAAACAACAGACUCGGAAGAGACUUCAGAGAGAUCACGUUUCAUAAUCUCACUAAACUAAAUCUCCUGGACAUGAACCACAAUCAACUUGAAACGGUUGGGCGCAACUUGUUCUCAAGACUAACAAACCUCACUUAUCUGAACUUGUCCGGAAAUUACCUUUCGAACUGGAGAUCGAACAUUUCCGGUCUAGUCAAACUUAGGAAUCUAGAUUUAUCCAACAACAAACUAAAAGCUCUCCCUCUGUCAUUAUGUAGAGAUCUUGAUACUAUCCAGCAAUUCACCCCCAUCCAAGUUGACAUCCAGGGGAACCAACUUCAGUGCAUCUGUGACACGGAGUAUUUCAUCGAGUGGUUAACACAAACCAAAGUUUACAUCCGCAAUUUAAACUCCACUUCCUGUACGUUGGAAAAUGGCACAGUGUUAUCUUUGUCAGGCAGCACAUCCAUUCUGAAUCAUCUUCAGCGGCACUGUCGAUCUUACACUGUUCUAAUUGGUGGAUUAUGCGCAGGUGUGGCUUUGUUCCUGAUAGUGCUAUUGGUUGGAAUUGUCCGCCGACAUCGCUGGAAACUCCGAUACCUGUUCUACAUGGCGACUAACUGGCGAAAGAGAACGGGUUACCAAAGACUGGACACCGUCGACCAGAAUCCCUUUGGUUACGACGCUUUUGUGUCUUAUGAAGACUCGGAUAGAACCUUCAUCCGUGAACAGGUUAUUCCCCGUCUGGAAAGGGACGCUGGCUUAAAACUCUGUAUAGACAAGAGAGAUUUCCUACCUGGACUCUAUGUUACUGACAACAUUCUACACGCCAUACAGAACAGCAGGAAAACCGUGAUCUUCCUCUCUCGAAAGUUCCUAAAAAGCAAAUGGUGUGUGUACGAGAUGAACAUGGCUUGGAUGGAGGGGAUUCAUAGCGGCAGAGACGUACUGGUGAUGGUUCUGACAGAGAAAAUACCGACCAGUCAACUUUCCGCUGAUAUUGUAGACGUCAUCCACAACCAGACGUACAUGGAGAUGACGAACAACAGGUACGGCGAGGCGCUCUUCUGGGAGAGACUUGCUUCGGCCAUUAAGCAAUUCUCUCCCAUCCAAGUUGACAUCCAGGGGAACCAACUUCAGUGCAUCUGUGACACGGAGAAUUUCAUCGAGUGGUUAACACUAACCAAAGUUGACAUCCGCAAUUUAAACUCCACCUCCUGUACGUUGGAAAAUGGCACAGUGGUGUCUUUGUCAGGCAGCACAUCCAUUCUGAAUCAUCUUCAGCGGCACUGUCGAUCUUACACUGUUCUAAUUGGUGGAUUAUGCGCAUGUCUGGCUUUGUUCCUGAUAGUGCUGCUGGUUGGAAUUGUCCGCCGACAUCGCUGGAAACUACGUUAUCUGUUCUACAUGGCGACUAACUGGCGAAAGAGAUCGGGUUACCAAAGACUGGACACCGCCGAAGAGAAUCCAUUUGGUUACGACGCUUUUGUGUCUUAUGAAGACUCGGAUCGAACCUUCAUCCGUGAACAGGUUAUUCCCCGUCUGGAAAGGGACGCUGGCUUAAAACUCUGUAUAGACAAGAGAGAUUUCCUACCUGGACUCUAUUUUACUGACAACAUUCUACACGCCAUACAGAACAGCAGGAAAACCGUGAUCUUCCUCUCUCGAAAGUUCCUAAAAAGCAAAUGGUGUGUGUACGAGAUGAACAUGGCUUGGAUGGAGGGGAUUCAUAGCGGCAGAGACGUACUGGUGAUGGUUCUGACAGAGAAAAUACCGACCAGUCAACUUUCCGCUGAUAAUGUAGACGUCAUCCACAACCAGACGUACAUGGAGAUGACGAACAACAGGUACGGCGAGGCGCUCUUCUGGGAAAGACUUGCUUCGGCCAUUAAGGCUAACUAA